AUGAAUUUGCAAAUUAUUAUUUUUACCUUCAUCGGAGUACUAGCUGUAUCUCUAUCCGUAGCUGGGGUUGAUGUUGCGUCCCUCCAGGCGCACACCAUUAAAUACAAUGACCCCUUUGUUGAUGAACAUCAAGUGGUUUGUGAUGCCCUGAAAACACCUGAGGAAACAGAACAUGAAAAGUUUUACAAGCUGUCAAACUCCAGCGGUGGGUCCUUAGGGUACGACGACAUGCUUAAACUCACCGUCUGGAAUAUGAAGCGUGGGUUUAAGUAUAGAAGUCUCGAAUACCAACUGAACUUUCCCCAACUUAGUUGGCGUAAGCAGAUUCUGGACGACAUUUUUGACAUCUUCAAGCUUGCAUGUCACAAUGCCUACGUUCCGGCAGAAUUUCUGAAUAUUAUUUACGAAAUGGUUAUGAUUUAUUACAACAACAUUUUCCCCAUCAUUAAGGAGCCUGAACCUUCUCGUUGGAACUCCACGUCAGAUAUUCUUGAGCGUUGUAAAAGUUUAAUGCAUCAGUUACCCCUUCAUGACAUUGCUGGAACGAUUGAUUUUGUCGCCAUUGGUGGGCGUGAGGUUCAUCUAAAUCCUCCAGCCGAAAUGGCCGACUCUAUUCCGAAUCUUGAUGUUUUUAUUGAAACGUUGUGGUGGGCCUUCUCAUUUUCAUACGGUGCCUGUUACUACCCUGCCGGUUAUCGUUCCGUUUGGGCUCCCAAGUACAAAAAGUUAUUUUACGAGGACUUCAUACAUCCACUGAUUGGACGCUGGGUCAAUUCGAAUGCCAAUUAUGGUGUCAUGAUUGGAAACUUUGACGUGGAAAGCAUAAUGCAAAAUGUUCGAAGUUGCACCCACGCAGCUUACGCCAUGUAUUCAAUCCACGACAGGGAACUGGUCCGCCCACUCCGGUCACCUGAUGGGGUCAAUUACAAAACUGGGGACACCAUCCUCGAUCAUGACGGCGACGAAUUGAAUAGCAUCGACUAAACCGAAUUAAAGGAACGCCAUGCAUUACAUUUCAACUUGCAUUUCAACUAAAUAAAAUGAAUACAAGCAUGA